AUGGAGGCGAAGCGUAUCAGACUUGAUUGCGGAGUAUCCGACUCGAGUAAUGAGUGCUCAAAUCGUACAGAAGAGGCCUCUUCGCAUUGUAUCAGUGAAAUGACGCUGGAUGAGUUAAGCUCCCAGGAUCCACUAGUCAUAGUGCAGGCCUUGACUCGACUAAAAUCAUCGCUGAGAAGUAAAGCCGCUGUCGAGCAAUUUAUGAAUGAGCGGACGUCGGAGCAUUUCUCGCUAGUUGUUGAACUACUCGUUAAAUCUGCUACUGACAUUGGCAACAAGCCGUUAAGAAGUAUGGAUGGCUGUACUGAAAGAGUCGAUAAGUGUGGUCGCGAAUUGCUGCAACUAUUCGGUUACAGCUUGUUUAAAAAUGGCGGCACAGAGAACAUCAUUCCCCCACAUUGCAGGUGCUUUUACACACACAUAUCUUCUCGAACAGAGCCUGCUUUAUGCAUCGCCUCAAAUCCAUCUCUCGUCGACCGGCUGGUACUAAUGCUUGAAGCCGAUGCUAAUACUGCUACGCAAGCUCUUCGUGCAAUUCGAGGUCUCAUCGCUAGCACUUGUUUUAGGGUCGUACUACUAUCAAAUGCUGGUUUUCAUUUGGGAAUGAUGCUUACUAGUAGGAGAAAUAGUGGUGAUGUGGUGGAAGCUCUGACUGCACUUGCACGUAAACGAGUUAGAGAUACUGGUAGGCAGGUAGCAGAAAGGCGACGUCCGUACUUACUCAAAGAAAAGUCAAUGGGAGUGUGUUACAGUGACUGUGCUGAACGCCUGCUUGAACUGUUCUUUGACGACGAAGUAUAUGGAGCAAAGGAACUGGUUUUGAUGCUGUGUAAGGGUUCAGCGGAUAUAAGAGACAGGAUGGGUGAAGCUCGUGCAAUUCAGAGGAUUGUUGAAUCGGCUAAUGAUAGCAUCUCCAACUGUAAACUCCUGACUGCUUUUGCCCAGGAAGCAUGGGGACGUGCUGAUCUCCGCGAAUCAGGUGCUCUCGAUUUCCUCAUCUCUCGUCUGUCUUCAAUUGAUUUCCGUUCAAAAGAUCGUCUUGCGAUUGUACAACCGCUUCAUCACUUCGUGCAUGAUAUUAAUGGUAUUGUAUAA